UCGCGCGGCCCGCCUUUCGCCGGGGUGGCGAUGGCAGCUGCCGCUGCGAAGGACCUGCUGGAUGCGGCGCAGCGAUUCCGUCGGCUUCCAAACGUUGCCGACACGUUCCCUGCGAGCGCGGCUGCCGUGGACACGGUCAUCCGCGCGCUGGAUUCCGAGGGCGCGUCUGACCUGGCCCAGAGAGGGAAGAGGACAUUUGCAUUGACCCGCGAUGACCGGCAUCGGCUUGUCAAGAGAGUUCGGUACCAGAGCGUUCAACGGGCACUUUCCGAACGUCGGUAUCAGGAAGAACUUGCCGCCCAUUCUGGUGGUCUCAUCAAUUUCAUGUGGGUGGUCCGAGCAGCUUUUUCCCCUCCCAGCGUAUCCCUGCGCAGUGUCGCCCGCAUGUGUAGGGAUUUUAGCAUGGAUGGUAUCGCUUCUGUCAGCUACACUUCUGUCAGUCGCAUUCGCGAUGCGAUGGCAGAGAUCGUGAAGCAGAUGAAUAUGCAACAGGUCACGAAGGCAGCAUCGGCAACGCCCGCUGCAACCCUGUUCCUACCGCACGUGCACGACGAGGCUUCCAUGCGGAUCCGCUCCUACGUCAAGAGGGAGGACGACCGGUUUGUGUUCCAUGGCCCGCAGCUUGCAAGGAGCCGCAGCAGUAAAGUACAGAACAACGUCGUGAAGUGCAUCAUCGGGGAUGCGGAGAUCGACGUUUGGUGCGAGCUUCAGCCCCUUCUUCGGAAGGACGCGGCGACGAUCGCGCAUGCGCUGCGGUCGGUGGUGAUGCGAGUGGCGCGAGCGGCCCUGGAUGGACGCCCGCGCGGGAGCUCUCUCAGGAUCGUGCACAUGCUGACCGGCGAUUCCAUUUUCACCAAUGGCGCAGCAGCGAGAAGGUUGUACGCCAGCUUGUUGGCUGAAUGCAACAUCACCUACCGCCUCAUUGUCAUCCCUUGUGCAUCCCAUCUGGUCAACCUCGUCGUGGCCAUUGCGCUGUGUGGGAAGAUCCUCAAGGAUCCAAUUAACUCGAGCAUUUUGCUCGCAACUUGCUCGAGGUUGUUCAAACACCUCAUGAGCGACUAUAACGAGGAGUUCUGUCGAUCAUUCCGGGAGUUUGUGGCCGCAAAGUUGCAGAAGGCGCGCUUGGAUCCACCCGCCCAGGCUGCCCGCGACGAACGAGUGGGUCGUCUCGUUUCUCUCUACGGCGAUGAGGUAUUGCCGAAGGGCCUCUUGAAGUUCUACUGCUUAUCCCUGGAUAGGCCGACGUACUGUUGCUCAGACCCCGACGUUGUCGACAUCAGAGUAUUGAGAGGCGAGUUCUGGCAGGCCCUGCAGAAAAGGGUCCCGGUUGUCGAAGAGCAUCCAACUUUAAGCAGAUGUUGGACCUUUGGUUGGCGCGUGCAAACAUUACUCUUGAUUGAUAUGCUUAAUAUCCCUCCCGGGGCAUUCACGGUUCAGACUAUUCAGCCAAGAAAAGAGCAACGAAAACGCUUGGUUGCAGUCAAGGCUUUCUGGUCUCGGCCUGAGACGGCGGGUGAGUUGAGAAUCGCUGUGCUCUGUUUGCGCAUUAGUCUGUAUUGCCAGAACAUGGUAUCGCAGGAGAAGGGGGCCAAGACCUCAGUGCUGGUGUCCCUUUCGUCAGGCGCAAUUCAACAGAAAGCGGGGAAACUGCUGUCGGAUUUGCUUGGCCGCGUGGGGGGCGACCCCAAAUUGCUUGCCGCAGGGGCGUGCAUGUCGCUGUUAACCACUCAUGGGCACGUGUUGCUGCGUUUGGGGCAGUUCGGGAAGUACCCCUGCAAAUUAUGGCGUAUAUCUGCUGAGUACAACCCGAACGGGUGGCCUCAGGCGUGCGGCGACUUCCUCGAGGCGCCGGCCGAGGAACUUGACAUUGGAUACAGCUCUUGGCUGCAGAAAGAAGCGAAGAGCAGAGGGUCCGAGGCCGACGCCGUCACGUUUCUGAUGUCCGCGGCCGUGCAGGAGGAGGUGGCGACCAUUGCCCGCGCCAUGCUGAUGACCAGCCUGGGCGUUGAGCGCAAGCACGCAGCGGAUAAGAGAAACGAGCAGGUCAAGCAGCGCACGAACCCUCGCGCCGUGGCUCUGAGUUGGAACCCUGGCUUGGUGACUGCAGUGCCUUCUGAGAGCGGGAAGCGGCCGCCCGCGCUGUUCGUGGACGAGGAAGCGCUCGCGGCGUACAUGGCCGUGAACCGAGCGGCGCUGGAGGCAGAGGUGCAGCGGCGACGGCAGACCGCGCUUCGGCCAUUGAGCACCAACGGGCAGUUCCCUGCAUCAAACAGGGAGUGGUUGACCUGGCUGAAAGAGAACGAGGAAGCGUAUCGACGCUUCCAGACAACAGCGGGCUCCGCUCGCAGUUCGGCGAGCCAGAGAAUCGCGCCCGACAGGGAGUACCCUGCGUGCGCCAGGUUGCAGCCAGUCAGCGAUGAGCCCCCCGUGGCCUGGCGACAUCUGCUCAGCGCCUGGGCGCCCGGCUUCUUCUGUAUCCAGGCGGGCGCGACGAAAUGGGUAGUGUUCCACGUGUCCAGAGGAAAGCGCUCUCUGGUUCUACCCCUUCAUGCCGAGGGUCGAACUUGGGAGUUGGUCUUGACGACCAGCAUGUGCGACCAAUAUCUGGACGUGGACGAGUUCUGCGUGCGUUUCGGAGUGCCGUCAGCUGCCGUCGAUCUUGUGUCUGUAUACCGGCUUGAGCCUCGUUUGGAAUGCUCGUAUCCAGGCAAGAUGUUGAGCUUUCGGUUUCCGAUGGCUUACCUCGUGGAUGCGGACGAUCUCCCCCGGAAGGCCCGGCGCGAGUCCGACGCCGAGGCGUCCGACUCCGACGAGGGGCGGAGUCUGGCCGAGGGCGCUGACAUCGCGGAAGCCGCCGGGGGCGCCGCAGAGGAGGCAGAGGAGGCAGGGGGCGGCGAAGACGACGACGAGGCGCACGCGAAUGCUGAGAGGGAGCGGGUCGAGGGGCACCCGUUCGUGAUCUGGACCAAUGGGUUCUUCACUCUCAGCGACAAUCCAAAGUGGGGAGAUAUCAAGAUAAGAGCACUGCCCAGGUGGUGCGUCGAGGGGCUCAUGGGCGAAAAUAUACGAGGGGAUCCCACCAGACAGAUGUCCAAGGCCGUUACGCCAGCGCAUUUUCACGAGCCUCGAGACCGACCGUCGAGGUCGCGCGCAGUCUUGCGCGCCUGGGCGCUCUGGCGCGCCAGGCAGAGAGGAUUCGCAGAGGGUUCUGCGUAUCGUCGGCGCGUCUUCGACUUGGAGCUGGGGAAACUGCGCGAUGAGUUAGCCGCCUUGGGGCACGGCGGCCGCACUGGGGACGCAGACACUGACGCGUGGAUCGAGGCGUGGGCCCCCGAGGCCCUCGCUUGA